AUGGAAGAAACACCCGUCGAAGGGACGCCGGCUCCUGAAGAAGCGCAGCCCCGAGAAGAAUCACCUGUGGAAAAGACUGCCAGUGAGGAAGCAGCACCUCCAGAAGAACCUCCGGCUGCAGAAGAGUCACCUACCAAAGAAGAUCAGGCUCCAAAAGAAGUCCCAGCUACUGAAGAACCUUCAGCUGGAAAGGAGAAUCCGGCUGAGGAAGGGCCGGCGCCUGAACUGUCAGACGAGGGAGAGAAACUAGUUGAAGUAACACCAGAGGUGCCAAUUGAAGGAGAAGCAGCUGAUACUGACAAAGUAGGUAUUGAGGAAGAAAACAAGGGAACGGCUGAAGGAGGGAAAAGCGACACAGCGGACGCAGCACCUGAUACACGUAAUGUCAAAGAGGAGGGCGAAAAUGCACCCGAUAUUGAUGUGCCCAAACCGUCAAACGACCAUGCCGAAGUAACUACUGAAGAAAAGGAAGAAACAAGCGUCGCAGAACCGGUGUCUAUCGAAGUUACAGAAGAUGUUCCCCUGGAAAACGCUACCCUUGGGAUUCCGGCUGAAGAAUCUACUGUACAACAGCCUACAGGUGAAGAACCCGUUGCUGAAGAACCUGUUGUUGAAAAGCCUGCUGCUGAAGAGUCUGCUGCUGAAGAGCCUGCUGCUGAAGAGCCUGCUGCUGAAGAGCCUGCUGCUGAAGAGCCUGCUGCUGAAGAGCCUGCUGCUGAAGAGCCUGCUGCUGAAGAGCCUGCUGCUGAAGAGCCUGCUGCUGAAGAGCCAGCCGCUGAAGAGCCUGCUGCUGAAGAGCCAGCCGCUGAAGAGCCUGCUGCUAAAGAACCGGCCGCUGAGGAACCGGCCGCUGAAGAGCCUGCUGCUAAAGAACCGGCCGCUGAGGAACCUGCUGCUGAAGAGCCUGCUGCUGAAGAGCCUGCUGCUAAAGAACCGGCCGCUGAGGAACCUGCUGCUGAAGAGCCAGCCGCUGAAGAGCCUGCUGCUAAAGAACCGGCCGCUGAGGAACCUGCUGCUGAAGAGCCAGCCGCUGAAGAGCCUGCUGCUAAAGAACCGGCCGCUGAGGAACCUGCUGCUGAAGAGCCUGCUGCUGAAGAGCCUGCUGCUGAAGAGCCAGCCGCUGAAGAGCCUGCUGCUGAAGAGCCUGCUGCUGAAGAGCCUGCUGCUAAAGAGCCUGCUGCUAAAGAGCCUGUUGCUGAACAGCCUGCCGUUGAAGAACCUACCACUCAAGACCUGGUCGAACCCGAGCCAAUACCCGAGGAGCCAGGUGCCGGUGACCCUGUUAUUGAUAAACCGGUAGCUGAAGAGCAAGUAGAAGGUUUAUCUGCUACUGAAGAAUCAAAACCAGAAGACCCAAUAACUGAAGAGCCUGCAGCCAAGGAACCAGCAAGCGAAGAAGCAGCGGCUGUCGAGGCGGCUGUCGAAGAUCCAGCGGAAGAUCCUGUUGUUCAGGAGCCUGCAGAGGAACCCGCAGCUGAAGAAUCUAUUAUUAACGAAGCAGCCACUGAAGAGGUCGGUGUUGAGGAACCCGCUGCUGCGGAUGCGACAGCUACAGAAUCUGAAGCCAAACAACCUGCUGAUGUGGAUAAACAACCUAAGCCCGAGGAACCUGCGAGUGAGGCACCAACACCAGCUCCAAGUGGCCCUGUAGAAACUUCAGAUCAGCCAGAUGAAGUGGUUAUGGAAAAGGCGAGUGAACAACCUGCUCUUGUAGAAGAGACCACAACUCAGGAAAUAGCUACGGCGGAAGAGAAUAUUCCAAAUGAACCUGCUUCAGAAUCAACACCAGUAGCGACGGAAGAGGCUUCUGCCGAAGCCCCUGAGGCACCAGUAGCUGAAAAACCUCAGGAUGAUUCACCCCCGGCCGAGGAUGUUGUCAAGGAAGCAGCACCCCCUGAACAGCCAGCAGCAGAACCUGUAGCUAAAGAGGAACCGGUAUCAUCUCCAACAGAGGAACUGAAGACCAUUGAGGAACCAACCCCACAACCCGCACCUGUUGUUGAGGAGAAGCCUGCUGAAGACAUCAAAGAAGAGCCAGUGCCGCAGGCCGUGGAAGCGCCUGUUUCAGAAGAUACAGCUUCAAAACCUAUCAUUGAAGAACCUGCUGCUGUUGAAGAUGCCCCUAACCAUAAAGCUGCGGAAGAAGCUGCUGUUGAGUCCAAAUCCAAAUCGCGAUCGAAGGAACGAUCGAAAGAGCGAUCAAAAGAAAAAAGACACAAGAAACACCGACGAUCCGCGCCAGCCGAGGAGCCACCACGACCUUCAAAAAGUUCGGGAGAGAAGAAACCAAGCUCUCGUCGACCAAGAGCCGAACGAGAGGUGCGGUCCUCGCCGCCAGUCGAUGCACCUGUUGAAGUGAAAGAGACGAAACACACUGGCCAAACGAGGCAUAGAAGUAACCGCCCUCGGCCAAACGAGACUGAAGCAGAGCGAGCAGAAAGACGAAAGAGGCGAGAAGCCCGCAGAGCUGAGGCAGAACGUUCAAAGGAAACUGGAAGCCCUAAGGAGGAACAUCCCAAGGAAGAACAUACCCAGAACCCACCAAAGCGACCUCUUGUGCGGCGAUUAUCACUAUCAGGCCGUGACCGACCUAACGCCGCCCCUAAAUCUGCUGGCCCAAGUCAAAACCCGAUAUCUUCGCUCGCCUCCAAGCCUCUCGCUUUGUUUAGGUUGAUUACUACUGGCCAAUCAACAGCUCACCAGCCGGUCAUGAAAGUGAAUGAACGAGCAAAGUCCUCAUCUCCAGUUCCUCCCGUCAAGCGGCCGUCACCUCCAAACACAUCUGGCUCCUCUACCCAUUCUCAGUCGAACUCCGGCUCUCGUUCGCACUCUGACAGGCGCCGUGAAAGAAGGUCAACCAACUCCGAGGAAGUAAGGGAGCGAGCACGACGAAGUAACGCCAGAAGUGAAGAGAACAAAUUGCGUGAAAGGAAAUCCCCCAAGACCGAUGAAGGGGCAGAGCAAGAAAAGCCCCCCAAGCCGGAGACAGAAGUACCGAAGCCUCGCGAACGAAGGCUAAGCAGAGGCGAGGACAGCAAAGAACGAAUGCCUAGCAAACAGGAAGAAGCCAAAGAGAAAGAGCCAGGAAAAGAGCAAGAGCACCGAGAACAUCGGGAGCACCGGGAGCACCGUCGUGAACGUCGACGGUCGAUGAGACUCGAAGCCCCGGCGGAAAAGACUGCUAAGAAAGAGGACCCUCCGCCAGAACGACUGCGUCGACGCCGCUCGAGUCUACAUAAACACCGCGAGGACGCUCCAUCAAGCAUGAGCUUCAGAGAGAAACUUCGACAAGUCCUUACCGCCGCAUGA